UUUCCUUCAUUUUCCGCCCAACUCGGUGGAUCCAAACGCAGGGAAAAGAAUUGUAUUCCAAACAAAGCGCCCAAAUACUCGAGUUCGGACUCAUAUUUCCGUGGAGGAAAAGUCCGUACACCCGAGUUUCGAGUUUCAAAGUCCACUCUCCGGCGACGUCGUCGACGAGGGAUAUUCACCGAUUAUUGUCAAUCUCAACAACUUCUCUUGAAUAGAAGUUCAAUAUGGCUGCCUCAGAAGAUAAUAGUGCACUCUUUCCAAUCUUCAUCUUGACUAUAAUGGCUUUGCCAUUAGUGCCUUACACAAUGUUGAAGUUAUGUCGUGCAGCCUCCAUAAAGACAAAGAGUAUCCAUUGCCAAUGUUCAGUUUGCUUCCACUCUGGGAAGCACCACAAAUCCAUUUUUAAACGGAUCUCAAACUUUUCAACAUCCAGUAAUCUAACUCUUGUGUUGCUUUGGGUCAUCAUGGCAGUCCUGGUUUAUUACAUCAAAAACAUUAGCCAUGAGAUCGAAGUUUUUGAGCCAUUCAAUAUUCUCGGAUUAGAACAUGGGGCUUCAGAUUCAGAAAUAAAGAAGGCAUAUAGGAGACUCUCCAUUCAAUACCAUCCUGAUAAAAAUCCAGAUCCAGAUGCUCACAACUAUUUUAUAGAGUACAUAUCAAAGGCAUAUCAGGCUUUGACAGAUCCAAUAUCACGCGAGAACUUUGAAAAAUAUGGCCAUCCAGAUGGUAGGCAGGGGUUUCAAAUGGGCAUUGCACUCCCUCAGUUUCUGCUGAACAUUGAUGGAGCAUCUGGUGGAAUAUUAUUACUAGGGAUUGUUGGAGUUUGUAUUCUUCUGCCACUGGUUAUGGCUGUAAUAUAUUUGUCAAGGUCAUCAAAAUACACUGGAAACUACGUCAUGCAUCACACAUUAUCUACAUAUUAUUACUUCAUGAAGCCUUCUUUGGCCCCAAGCAAGGUCAUGGAUGUUUUCAUAAAGGCUGCUGAGUACAUGGAAAUCCCGGUUCGUCGGAAUGAUGGAGAACCCCUUCAGAAACUGUUUAUGUUAGUCAGGAGUGAGUUGAACUUGGACCUUAAGAACAUUAAGCAAGAACAAGCUAAGUUUUGGAAGCAGCAUCCAGCCCUAGUAAAGACAGAAUUGUUAAUUCAAGCCCAAUUGACUCGUGAGUUGGCGGCUUUAUCGCCAGCUCUACUGCGUGAUUUCAGACAUGUGCUUGAACUUGCACCUCGCCUUCUUGAAGAAUUAAUGAAGAUGGCAGUUAUACCACGCAGUUCGCAAGGGCAUGGAUGGCUGAGGCCUGCAAUUGGGGUGGUUGAGCUUUCCCAAAGCAUUAUUCAGGCAGUUCCACUUAGUGCAAGAAAAGCAACUGGAGGAUCCAGUGAAGGAAUUGCUCCCUUUCUGCAGCUGCCACACUUCAGUGAGACCAUUAUAAAGAAGAUUGCGCGAAAGAAAGUGCGGACAUUUCAAGAAAUUUGGGACAUGACCUCACAGGAGCGUGCUGAAUUGCUCACACAGUUUGCUGGGUUUUCUGCUGCUGAAUUCCAAGAUGUGGAGAUGGUUCUCGAAAUGAUGCCUGCCAUAACAGUAGACAUUACAUGUGAGACAGAAGGUGAAGAGGGAAUACAAGAGGGUGACAUUGUCACAAUGCACGCUUGGGUUACACUCAAGCGUGGGAAUGGCCUGAUUGGAGCCCUUCCACAUGCUCCAUAUUUCCCUUUCCACAAGGAAGAGAAUUUCUGGUUGCUGCUAGCAGACUCUGCCUCAAACGAUGUGUGGAUGUUUCACAAGGUUAAUUUCAUGGAUGAAGCUGCGGCUAUUACUGCUGCUUCAAAAGCAAUUCAAGAUUCAAAAGAGGGGUCCGGGGCUAGCUUGAAGGAGAUAAGUGUGGCUGUUAAAGAAGCAGUUGAGAGAGUGAAGAAUGGGUCAAGGCUGGUAAUGAGUAAGUUCCAAGCCCCUGAUGAAGGGACCUACAACCUGACUUCUUACUGCUUGUGUGACUCUUGGAUCGGUUGUGAUAAGAAGACAAGCUCGAAGCUGAAGGUUUUGAAACGAAGCCGAGCAGGGACAAGGGGUGGUGCUAUGGUGGAAGAGGGACCAAAUGUGGAGGAUGGAAUUGAAGCGGAAGAGGAGGAAGAAGAAGAUGAAUAUGAUGAUUAUGAGAGUGAAUAUAGUGAAGAUGAGGAUGUUCAAGACACACACAAUAAAGGAGCUGUGGUCAAUGAUGGUUCAGGAUCUGAGAAAGAGUAGAAACUUAUUUCCUUUUACUUUCAUUAUCAUUGUUAUUUGUAAUUUUUGAGAAGAAAACAGAGAAAGGCUGGGGGAGGGGGGAAUUCUGUUUAAUUUCUUUCAUAUUACCCUUGCUGAAUAUCUGGGCUUCUUCCCAACGACACAUAGUUACUUUAGCCUAUUACUGUAUUUUCACUUGACAGGAAUAAGAUAUGCAUGGAUGGAGAUCUCUUGACGGGUUGAAGUAAAA